GCCAUUAUAGGUACUUUGUGAAAAAUCAUGCUGGUACCCCACACCAUGCCAAGCUGGUUUUACCUGUGGCCACCAGGUGGGACCUCUUGCCUAUGAGGGCAGCAUGCCCCCAUGAGUCAGCCACCAAGCCCCAAGAGCCAGCUGCAUGGUCUUGCUGCGGGCAGCCAGCACAAGACAGUUGUGAGCCACCCAGGGAACUUUCUGGAAAAGGCCAGUGGUACAUGGGUCACUGGUAGGGUGGAUAAGGGGGGCUGUGCUGGUGCUGGGUGGACCACCCUGAAAUGCAGGAUCUGCCUCAGGGGUGCUAACAUGCAAAAGCAGCAGAGUCUGGGAGGCAUGAAGUCAAGCAAGCCCUGGCAAAGAGAUGCUGAUAUUAAUGCAUCUGUGAUGACAGCCUGGGGAAGAAGGAAAGUGUUUCCAUGUACCUCUUGCACGUCUUGAAGAGGUGGUGUAGAUGGAUGUGAUUUUUUUUUCUAUUUUGUAUGUAUUCUGAAGCAGUACUGAAAGAGCUGUUAGUGGAAAACUGUUUCUUCACUGAAAACUUUCUUCCCUAUCCAGUAGGAAUGAAUUUGCCUAGGGUGUGCUUUGUCAUAUCUUAUGGUCAUAUCUGUCAUAUGGUUUUUGUUAGGAUUUCUGCUGUUAAUAAAUACCUUCUUUUUGUCACUUUUGGGAAAUCAGCACCUAUGAAUAUCUGUGCACGAGGAGCAAGCUCUCUCUUUGGAGCUCUCACAAAGAAGCACGUCAUGGGGGGGCCGAUAGCACCACUGUUGCUCUGUCAGAAGAAUUUGCUAUGUUUUAAACUUGAGCAGUACCAUAGUUUUAUCACUGAACCUUCACAUAAGCUGCUCUUCCAGCAACUGAAGCUGUACACAACCUUCAUUUUUUAAAAAUUUUAGAUUUAUCAAAUGAGGUGCUUGGUUUGGUGCCUAAUUUGGUAGGUAGCCAUGAUGUGCUUAAAAGGUGCUGUAACUUCCUUCUCUUGGCAUUGUGUUUACACUUCCAACUACUUGCAAGACCUGGUAAGAGCUUUCAGAAGUGAAUGACUCCUUCUACUUGAAAUGUGUGAAUUGGUAGGACCUUUAAUAAAGGGCAAUGAAGUUUGUACUUCAGUGAAAGCAUUUGUGCAACAUUGGAAUUGGUCUCUGCUGUUCCUAAGUAGAAUUAGUAGAUGAGUAGAAGAGCAAAGAGUACAAAAGAAAAGCUAAUUUUUAAAGUACCAGUAAGUCCAAACAUACUAAAGAUAUCUUUAAAACUAGUUUGUUUUCCACCAUUUCUCCUAACAUGACCUAUGGCCUUUCUUUGUAUGACCUAUAGCCCAUGCUUGGUUGUCAUAGCAUUCCCAAUGUAAACAACAAAAUGAGGCUUGAAUGACUUGUCAUAGAAUAUAGAUGGACUGAUCUCAAAGGGUCUGCUUUCCUAGAGCUUAUACUAUACCAAGGCACUUUGUGCAAGUUUCCUUGGUCAUGUCUUGAGUAUCAAGGAAAGCCACUGUUCGACUAAGCAUGAAGAGGCUUCAAAUGUGCUUCUGAUAAAAUAAAGAAUGUGAAAGGGUAGAGAGGAAAGAGAAUUAAUACGUAAGUUUAAUAAUGGUGAGAAUGCUCAUAGCAAUCAUGAGGUUACAUGUUAACUAUCCUUUUGUUAUUUCAACACUAUGUCAAAAGCCAUGUCUUUAUUACAUAAUAAAGCCGUAUGUUAAACAAAAACAACGAACUCUGACACUAUUACAAUGUACCGGAACAAUAAGGAGCCUGUACAAACAGACUGUAAAACUUGCAAUGCUUGCUCUGCAGAGACCACUGAGAGGCAUAUGCUAACUUCUGUAAAAUAGAUGCUACAAAAAUGUUUUAAUCUUUGGCUUUUAGAAGGCUAUGGAUUCUGAAUCAAAGGACAGCUUAAUAGGAAGCUUUCUUCAGCCUCCAGCUAAAAUGAUUCCUGCACCCUUUGUUUGUGGAGAACCAAAGAAGUUGGCAGUUGCUGGUGACGGUGGGCCUUCUAUCUGCUAUAACCAAGCCCUGAGAACUCUACAAGAAAAGAUCCACUAUCUAGAGCUGAAGAGGUCACAUGCUGAGGAGAAUCUGUGCAGCCUUUCUGUAGCAGCUGCUCAGUAUAAGAAGGCCUUAGACCAUGAGUCCUUCAAAAAUGACACAGCACAUCACAAGCUGAUGCAACAGAGGAAAGAUGUAAGUGUGCAGUUAAAUGCAGCACAAUCCCGCUGCUCCCUGCUGGAGAAACAGCUGGAUUACAUGAGGAAAAUGGUUGAGAGUGCAGUACUGGAAAACAAAAUGAUUUUAGAACAACAGAAAGAGAAAAAUCAGAACCAGAUGGAACUGCAUGCAAAACUUGAGAAACUUGAAGUGCUAGAAAAAGAAUGUCUUAAACUUACUGCUACUCAGAGAGUUGUAGAGGACAAAAUCAAACAUUUAGAAGAAAAGCUUUGUAAAGAAGAGCGUCAGUACAAGCUAAUACAAGACAAAGCUGCUCAGCUUCAGACAGAAUUUGAGAUAAACCGAAUUUUGAUGCCUUUGGAUUCAUCUGAAAGUGAACUUAAAAAGAGAAGCAAGAAAAAAAAAAGCCCUAAGAAGAAAAAUCCUAUGAUGAAGGAAAUUCAUCUCCCACAAUUUCAUGUACAGGCAGGUGUGCUACCUUUUGUGGUUGGGAAGUCUGUCAGCUCCAGCCAUUCUCUUAGUGCAAAUGUGCAAAAUGUGUUGCAUAUUAUGAAGCAUCGCAAUCCACGUAUCACAUCACAAAGACAAAUCCAAAAUAGAUCUGGAAUUUCAGGACAAACAACUCUUUCAAAAUCUGUAUCCUCAUCAUCUGCUGUCACCAGAAGACUUUCUGACUUUAUGUUGGGAAUACAAGAUGAGCUGAGCCAAAUGAGCUUUGAACAUCAAGUACUUCUGAAGGAGAUCCAGGAGACUCAGGACUCCAAAAUUCGUGAAGAUCUACAACAGAGGCUGAAUAACCUUGUAAAACAAAUGAACAGUAAAGGAGAACAAAUAUCCAAGUUGAAAAAACAUGAGAAAAGCGUGCAGAAAUUAAAGCGAAAGACUCAGAAAUUGAAGAAAGAGGCAGCUCAUGUCAGACCAAAAUGUGAUAACCAAAAGGAGGCAAAGGAGAUUGCAGGCACUGUAAGGGAAAGUAUGUCCAAAUCUCAUGCUGGGCAGAAAAGCAGAAGCUCCCUUCAGCUGCUAAAAAGUGUACAGAAGCUUCAGUCAACACUGAAAAAAGAUGACAUUGUGUGGGAACAAUAAUUCUAAAAAUAAAGUUUUUGAAGCUGUCUGACAGCUAGUAAAUACUGAAUUUCACAGAGUAGCUUUUAAAAAUAAAAUAAAUAUAGCAUUUCUCAUUCUGAACUGUCUAAUAACUGGUAGGUCAGUUUGUUCACCUCUAUUAACUUUCAUGUAGCAUAGCUAUAAUUCCAGUACACUGAAUUGUAAUGAAAUGUUUCAACAGAUUAAUUAAAUGCUUACUAAUUAA